GUGUCGGGAGAGACGCUCUCCCCCCCCCAGUCGAAAACAGGCGAGUUCAAAGGCAGCGACUGUAUCGCUUAAUUCCAGACCCGCGCCCCGCUCUCCAGAGCAGGCUAAAAGGGCCAACACGAGACUGUGAGCUAAGCGGCAGCGGCGUGCCACCGUUAUAGCUGCUACUAUUGCUAUUGAGGCUCCCUUGUCCUCAUUGAGCCGCCGGCGGCUGCUGCUGCUGCGUUAGUGGAAGAGAUUGUGCCGUUGCGACAGGGGAAGACGAGGCUAGGAGCUUAAGGAAGCUCACUGAGCAUGCGCCGGCUGAGCCCACUGACUACAGAGCAUCAGCCAAGAUAUUUUGAUGGCAUGAUAAAUCAAGAGGUGGAAAAGAGGAUGUACUGUGUGACUAGACAGACACCAGACCAGAUCUGCUUUUGGAAUAUAUUCUCAAUAAAAUGUAUGGAUCUAUUUUUCCUUAUUCAUAUAUCUAGAUCAUGAGACUUGACUGAGGCAAUAUUCAUAUCAUUCGUCCAUCUAUGGCGAACUACAGCCAUGCAGCUGACAACAUUUUACAAAAUCUCUCCCCUUUAACAGCAUUUUUGAAAUUGACUUCACUGGGUUUCAUCAUAGGAGUCAGUGUGGUGGGUAACCUUCUGAUCUCCAUUUUGCUAGUCAAAGACAAGACCUUGCACAGAGCCCCCUAUUACUUCCUGUUGGAUCUUUGCUGCUCAGACAUCCUCAGAUCUGCAAUUUGCUUCCCAUUUGUCUUCACUUCUGUGAAAAACGGUUCUUCUUGGACAUACGGGACUCUCACUUGCAAAGUGAUUGCCUUCUUGGGGGUUCUGUCUUGUUUCCACACCGCUUUCAUGCUGUUCUGCAUAAGUGUCACUAGAUACUUAGCUAUUGCCCACCACCGCUUUUAUACAAAAAGGCUGACCUUCUGGACUUGCUUGGCAGUGAUUUGCAUGGUGUGGACCCUCUCCGUAGCUAUGGCUUUCCCUCCGGUGUUGGAUGUGGGCACCUAUUCAUUCAUUAGGGAGGAAGACCAAUGCACUUUUCAGCAUCGUUCCUUCAGAGCCAAUGAUUCUCUGGGAUUUAUGCUGCUUCUUGCUCUUAUCCUUCUAGCCACACAGCUUGUCUACCUCAAGCUGAUCUUUUUUGUUCACGAUCGCAGGAAAAUGAAGCCAGUUCAGUUUGUUGCAGCGGUGAGCCAGAACUGGACGUUUCAUGGUCCUGGAGCCAGUGGUCAAGCAGCUGCAAAUUGGCUGGCUGGAUUUGGAAGGGGUCCCACGCCACCAACCUUGCUGGGGAUCAGGCAAAAUGCCAACACCACAGGCCGGAGAAGGCUACUCGUCUUGGACGAGUUUAAAAUGGAAAAACGAAUCAGCAGAAUGUUCUAUAUCAUGACAUUCCUCUUUCUAACCUUGUGGGGUCCAUAUUUGGUCGCCUGUUACUGGAGAGUUUUUGCACGAGGGCCUGUGGUUCCAGGUGGAUUUCUAACGGCUGCCGUUUGGAUGAGUUUUGCCCAAGCUGGAAUCAAUCCUUUUGUCUGCAUUUUCUCCAACCGGGAGCUGAGGCGCUGUUUCAGCACAACCCUUCUUUACUGCAGAAAAUCCAGGUUACCAAGGGAACCUUACUGUGUUAUAUGAGGGAGCAUCUGUAAAAUCUUUAGCCUUGUGAAAACACUACACUUCUCUGCUAAGCAAUUGUGGCCUGUUGCCAUGUCUUGGGAAGAAAAGGAAAGAGGAAGAAAAAUCAAAUAUGGGAUGUCAGCAGUUGUAAGGAUUUGGGCAACAACAUUCUGCAAUCUCUGCAAUAGCUCAUCUCUAAUCCUAUUUUAAAACCUAAACUCGUUCCUGCUGACCACUCAUGAAGGUUUGUAAAUUAAGAGUAAAGGACUGAACCACUGCCCUAAAAUGCUUUGAUGUGGUGGAAAUCUAGAUCAUGAUUCAGAGAGUAGCAGGUGCUAAAUAUAUCAGCGCUAAAUGCUGUAUGCAUCACUACAUAAAGUUAAGACCAUCACAAAAAGAUUAGCAUUGGACAUCUGAAUCAGUUAAGUUUGACAUGAGGUUAAUGUGUUGAUGAAACGAUUUUAAGACACUGGAUGACCUUUAGACCAUUUCAUACAAUUAAUGUUUUUCAAAUACAAAAAUUUGGGGACUGUGUUAAGUCCUGUAACUGAUGGGAAAUGUGCCAUGUAGUACUGGUUUAUCAUCCCACGUUUGCCUUGUGAGUUCUGGGGAGCAUUCCAAAGCAGUUUUGUGUUUUGGAGUUGUUGUUGGGGGUUUUCUUCUUCUUGUUUUUCAACUUAGAUUUUAUUUUUUUCUGGAUACGUUCUUCUUCUUUCUCCCCUCCCGCCUUUUUUAAAAGAAACUAAAGACUGGAUUGUUUGUUUUCCAGUGUGAAGUAUUACUGGCAUAUAAUUGUGUUCUGUGUCUAGUUUAAUUUUUGUUGUUUCUUAUCAUGAUUUGCUAUAAUUUUUAUUGGAUGCGUUUUAUAUUUUUGAAAGCUAGAUAUCAGUCUGUUGGGCAACAUCAAUGAGAUUAUCCAAAUCGUAACAAAGGAGUCAUCAUUACACAGAAUAAACCACAUGUUGCCUUAAAGGGUUAUCUAGUAUCUUCCAUUUUGUUUAGCAUUCUGACAAAUAAGCAAAGAAAAGUGAAUCGGUCAACUCCAGUCUAUCAUAUGGGAGUGCAUGAAAGAUCACUUAAUCUCUUCUUUUCUUUUUAUUCUCAUGAUUCCCCAAAUCAGUAUGCUCGUCACUGGGAUGAUUUUUCCCCUCUAGGUAUAUUGCCCAUUCUAGUUUGUUCUGAGAAACACAGGCAGUCAAUGUAUGUUUAUAUUUUAAGACAGCUGUCAUGGGGAGACCGCAGCCUUAGUAAGAUAUCUUGCACAAUUUGUGAAGCAUUUAUUCUACUGAAGGCACAGUCUUGUUUAUACUUUCUGCACAU